AGCUUCAAACUGAUCCCUAUUUACCUGUGGAACAUGACUGCAAAAAAUAUGCACAUAUGAAAAACAAAACAAACAAAAUAAAACAACAUAAAACUAUUAGAGGCAAAUAAUUCAAACAUUGCCCAUUGAAGUAACCAUUACAAUUGAUAAAUAUUUUGAGCAACUGCGUCAAGUCCAUUACAGAAUGAGUAUGUGAGGCGAUUUACCACUUAUGAAAUUAUCUAUAUUAUUCAAACAAGAGAAUAUUUAUCAUGAUAUCGAUCAAAUAUCGAUUUGCGAAAGCUCUCGAACUUAAGUGCAGCCGGUCAGGUAUAAAACGCCCAAAUCGAAACAUCCUAGUUACACACCUUUCUGCCUCUUCUAAGGAAUAUCAGGAUGAAAGUGAUACUACUACUCGCCAUGGUGGCGUUUGCAGCUGCAACGCCCAUUAAGGAACAGUGGACCUCAUUCAAGAGACAGCACGGAAAAUCAUAUCACAAUGCUGAAGAAGAACAGCUUAGGAUGGCCAUUUUUUCGGAGACUCUAAAAACAAUCGAAGAACACAACGCUAAAUACGAAGCUGGGCAGUCAACUUACUAUUUAGUGAUGAACCAAUUUGGAGAUAUGCUGCCAGAAGAAGUAACCCAGUUGGGAUUCAACAGAACAGGAGAGAUGAGGGAAGUACCCAGCUUCACAUUCCUUCCUCCCGCAAACGUCGAAAUCGCAAAAUCUAUUGAUUGGAGACAAUCUGGUGCAGUCACUCCUGUGAAAAACCAAGGUCAUUGUGGAUCUUGUUGGGCUUUCAGCAGUACUGGAGCCAUAGAGGGCCAACUUUUCAGAAAGACUGGAAAACUCGUCUCUCUCAGCGAACAGCAGCUUGUGGAUUGUUCCGGAUCUUACGGUAAUGCUGGUUGUAAUGGUGGAUUAAUGGAUUACUCCUUUAAAUACCUCGAGCACGUAGCAGGAUUGGAAAAAGAAAGUUCAUACCCAUAUGAAGGAAUACAACGCAGAUGUAGGUAUAGCCAGAGCAAAGUAGUUCCAGGAACCAAAGUCAGAGCUUACACUGACAUCAGGCGUUAUGAUGAUGAAGCACUUAAAUCCGCCGUUGCCACCGUCGGACCCAUCUCAAUUGCAGUCAGUGCUGGCAACUUACAUUUCAUGCACUACGGGGGAGGUGUUUUCAACGGUGACACUUGCAGCCCUGGUAGACUAGACCACGGAAUCCUCCUGGUUGGAUACGGAUCUGAAAACGGAAAAGACUUCUGGCUUGUCAAGAACUCUUGGGGUCCAAGUUGGGGAGAGAAGGGAUUUAUGAGGUUGACAAGAUCUGUUAAAAACGCCUGUGGCAUUUCAACUCAAGCUAGCUAUCCUAUUUUGCAAUGAGCUACAGCAUGCUGAAUCUCAUUGAAUAUAUCCAUGACAAACCAAACGGUUUUUAAAUGUAUUUAUAUAUGCUUUUUGUAAAAAAUUAUUUUCAUCAGUUAAAUAAACCCCUCAAUAUAUAAUUUUUCAAGAUAUUUAUUUGCCUGUAAUUCUAUAUUAUUUUAAAUUUAGUUUUAAUAACCAACAAACCAUAUCUAACGCUGUAAAUACAAGCUGUUUCUUCUGAA